GGUUUGCUUUCUACCAUGAAUAAAAAAAAAAAGAAAGAAAAAAGAACAAACCACUGAACUGAGGAGGUGAAAACUGUGGGAAGCAUAGCAAAGUAAUUUACAGAGGAGAGGGAAGAGGAAAAGAAAAAAGGGGUCUUUUGUGGUUUUAGAUUUGUUUGUUCCACGCUGCACCGGGUUCAGGUUUGUUGUACUAUAGAAGUUUAGAAAUCCCACUUCCUUCCCCACCCUCUCAUUCCAUUUUUAGAUCUUGUCUGUACCUGCAAGUUGAUGCCAAGUUUUUUCCUUCAUCUAGCAACCCUACGUUUUUAUGGGAACUUGGUUUGAUCAUUGCAACAAGUAUUCUGCAUAGUUUAGCUAUAUAGUUGGAGAAAAUCAGCCACAAUAGUUCUACCAUUAAAUAUGAGUUCCAGCGGUGAAACAACUAGAAGAACAUUUGAGUUUGGGAGGACGCAUGUGGUCAGACCCAAAGGAAGGCACCAGGCUACAAUAGUUUGGCUGCAUGGGCUUGGUGACAAGGGUGCAAGCUGGUCUCAACUAUUGGAAACUCUUCCUCUUCCAAAUAUUAAGUGGAUUUGUCCAACUGCACCAACUAGGCCAGUAGCCAUUUUUGGUGGAUAUCCAUGCACAGCUUGGUUUGACAUGGGAGAUCUGUCAGAGGAUGGUCCUGAUGAUUUGGAGGGACUAGAUGCUUCAGCAGCACAUGUUGCCAAUCUCUUGUCAACAGAGCCUGCUGAUAUUAAACUUGGGAUUGGUGGUUUUAGUAUGGGUGCUGCAAUUGCACUCUACUCUGCCACAUGCCGUGUGUUGGGAAACUACGGGAAUGGAAACAUGUAUCCUGUUAACCUACGUGCAGUUGUUGGUCUAAGCGGCUGGCUUCCAUGUUCAAGGACCUUAAGGAACCGUAUGGAAGCAUCAAUUGGGGCUGUCAGGCAUGCAGCAUCCUUGCCCAUUCUGAUGUGCCAUGGCUUAGGUGAUGAUGUAGUUGCAUAUCAACAUGGAGAGAAAUCAGCCCAGGCUUUAAGUUCAGUUGGUUUCCAAAACCUUAUGUUCAGAACCUACAACGGGCUUGGUAACUAUACAAUCCCAGAAGAGACUGAUGAAGUCUGUAAUUGGCUAACCACAACAUUGGGGCUCGAGGGGUCACGAUCAUAAUAAUAUCAGAAAAGCUAAUGAAGCAAUGCAUGAUGCAGAAAUACUUACCAGUCAUCAACAAUGCAUAAGAGUUUAGUGGGGUAUAAGGUAUAGCUGCAACCUUCCGCUUCUGAUUCUCUAAGAUAUCACCUUCCUGAAUAAAGUUUCUUGCUAAGGGAUAAUACUUUUAUUUAGUGGUUGCUAGGAAUGGGUGAAAGUAAUUUUUGUUGUCUAGGUUGGAUCUAGGGGAAGUCUCAAUCUUGUUUCUUUACUGGAUUAUGAAGCACCAAAUGUACUUCGAAGUACAUGAUAAAUGAAAGAGAUGAGUUAUUUCUUUUUUUGUACUGGACAACAAAACUUUUUGUUUUGA